UCUACAACAUAUCUACAAAUUUGUUUAAAUCCACUUUCGUGCACAAAUUGGCUGAGUGAUAUUCUAAUACAAUGGCAUAUGAAACAUCGUAUGCUAUUGGGCUUAAGCCCUUCUCCCCUGAUCCCAAUCGUGGCAAGUGGGAUAAGCCCACGGACUAUUUAUUCGCCUGCUUUGGAUUAGCCUUGAAGUUGGAUGUCUUUGUGGCAUCGUUUUGGAUGUUCUACGGCAUGGGCAUUUUAGGAAUACUGUCGUACUUUGUCUAUAUGGCCAUUUAUCUGGUUCCCAUCAUGGUAAUUCACUCCUUCAUGGGUCAGUUUUCCAGCAGCGGGUUCAUCUCCGCCUUUCGCCUGUCGCCAUUUUUCAAGGGCAUGGGAUAUGUGAGUGCAUUUUUAUCUAUCUUCAUGCUUAUUUACUAUAGCAUUUUCGCUGCGGUUCCUCUGCUCUUCAUAAUAAACUCAUUCCGACCCACCUUACCAUGGAGUUGUGAAGGGCUGAGUUCUUGGUACAAUGGAAAUGCUACUAAUUGUAAGAACGAACUAGUCUUGGAUGAUUUUAAAACGCAAUACAACACCACUUUUAAAGUCUUUCAUAUACCUUCCGUGCGAUACUUUCAAUCAAUUAUAAAUGAUGGUCACAAAAAUCACUUUGCUGCACUUUUAUAUCAUCCGGAUGCGCUUGAGGUUUCAAAUCAGGAUUUCGAGUUAUCUUGGCAUUUUGUGGGCCUCUUCGCAAUCAUUUGGGCUGUAAUUGCAUUCAUUUUUUAUAAAUUCUCGGAGACGGCCAAGUUUGGAAAACUUAUACGCUACAUGGUAAUUGUCACCCUGGUUCUUCUUCUGGUGUGCUUUGUGCGAUUCCUGUUCCUUCCUGAAGCUAUUAACGGACUCAACAGAUAUGUGAUUCCAAGUUCAGCUAAUAUGGCCAUGGGACUAUCCUCCACAUUUAUCAUGGUCCUUCAUGCAUUCGGAGCAGGAUGGGGCAGUGUAAUAGCCCUGUCCAGUUUCAAUGGGUUUAAGACAAACAUAAUGUCGUAUAGUUGGAUUAUUUCCUUUGGACAGAUCUUCAUUUACAUCAUGUUUGGCAUGGUUACCUUUAUGUUGGAAUGUUACUUGAAUGAACUCUCUGAAAGUGAUCAUUACACAUAUUCAAUGCGCCAUUGGCUGAUAUAUUUGUCAAGUGCUUCUGUCUUGACCACAAUGGCUUGGCCAAACCUAUGGAUUUUUAUUUACUAUUCUAUGCUCUUUUUAGCUGCUCUAAUUGUGAUGACAACGCAGAUAUUCACAGUUUUGCAAAGUUUGUUUGAUGAGUUUGAAAUACUUAGAGUGAGAAAGCAGCAGGUAACUUUUGGCUUAAUUGGAGGCAUUGCAGUAUGCUCCCUUUACUUUUGCACAAAUCAUGGCUGUGUUCUCUUUUCGGUUUUGGGUCUUGAUGCCUUCUUCUCACAUAGUCUGCUGCAUUUGCUGCUCCUCUUGGUGGUUUUGUGGAUCUAUGGACGAGAACGAUUCCAGCGGGAUAUCGAGUUUAUGCUGGGCCAGCAUUUUGCCUCCUGGAAGGUCUUUAUACUCCGCUUCAUAGCUCCAAUACUUUUAGUCAUAUGUCUGUUCGUCGGAAUCCUUCUGUCCCAUUUGAAGCAUACUAUUUCCACAGACGUGGUCGUCGUGAUGUCCAUUGUCCUCGUAGAUUUGCCCAUUUUGGCAAUUCCUGUAUACGGAUUGUACCAUCUUUACCAGCGCACUGGCACCUUUUGGGAACGCUUCAAACGCACCUGUCGACCCACCGAUUGGUAUCCGCUUGAGAUGGAGCACCGCCAGAAGUACGAGGAAGCUUUAAACAAUUUGGAUAUGACCCAACAGCUGUGCGAGGUUACUGAGGAGGUCAACUAG